AUGUCAGACAACAACGAAACGAAGCCAAACCUGGACAAUCUCCAGGCCGAUAUCUGGCCCGGCUUGUUGAAAUUUUACCAGAUCUUUUACUUCUUCAAUAUCGACGAAGUCCCAAAAUUCAGACCACAGCUGAAGAUAUUGGCCGAUACGGUCAUCACAUCUGCGAGCGGCGCCCAAGCCAUGCGAGACGAGAUACUUGUUUCCAAGAGUGCACAGGCGGCGGAUAUAGCCACCCGCCCGCAGGUAGUGCCAAUGGCCGGCGUCAACAUCGCGUUUAGCAAGGUGGGUAUGGAAAAACUGGGGAAAGAAGGGCUGAAGGACGAAGCGUUCAAUCAUGGUCAAUUCAAAAGCAUGACACAAGGGGAGGGUGUGGGGCAAGAUCAGGAGGAUAAUUGGCUGGAGACGUUCAAAAACGGAGUGGAUGGCGUACUGCUGAUCUGCGGCACCAAGGACAAGGUGGAAGCCCGACUGAAGCACCUUGAAGAAGAAAACCUGGGGUCAUCCUGCGGCGUGAAGGUGGCCGAGGUUCUUCGGGGGGAGGAUCUGAAAUCGCGGCCCGGCCAUGAACACUUUGGGUUCAAAGACGGUAUCUCUCAGCCUCUACUUAAGGGUCUCGACGAUGCACAAGCCAAGCUUCCCAAUAAACGACAUAUACUCACGGAUCCAGGAACUAUCAUCACCGGAAAGGAUGAGCCCUCUUGGGCCACGGAUGGCAGUUACAUGGCUUUCAGAAUGUUGAAACAAUUUGUUCCGGAAUUCCGCAGCUUCGUGGAGACCGAAGCUCCCGGUUUGAAUUACACCCCAGCACAGCUACGUGCCCGCCUGGUCGGGCGCUGGGAGAGUGGUGCCCCGGUGCAGGUGUUUCCCAACGUCGACAAUCCUAAGGAGGCCGAGAAAAACGACUUUGAUUACACGGAGGACCUCGAAGACAAAAACUGCCCUUUUGCGGCCCAUAUCCGGAAGACGAAGCCUCGUGGGGACCUCGGCGACCGCACCGGCUACGACAUCAUGCGUCGCGGCAUUCCGUAUGGGAAAGAAUUUGUCAGCGGCGAGGAGAAGAUGCCCGAAGACCGUGGCCUCCUGUUCGUCUGCUACCAGAGCAGCCUCGCAAAGGGGUUCCAGUUCAUAACUAAGAAUUGGAUCAAUAACAAACGCUUCCCACCGAGAGCUACCAGUGUAGACGUCACUCCCGGAAUCGACCCCAUCAUGGGUUCCAGUCGCAUGAAUAAUAUGAGCAUUGUCGACGGCAAAGGCGCGAGGAAGUCGAUCAACUUCGACUCUUUCGUGCAAUCCAAAGGAGGCGAAUACUUCUUCAUGCCGUCCUUACCACUUCUGCGGGAAAUGGCAACCGUGUAG